AUGUUUGAGAUAGACCUCAGUUACUUCCAUUUCUUGUGUGGCAAUAGGUCCACAUGUAAGGAAUGCCAGUUCAGUGGAAUACAUGUUGCAAGUAUUGAGAAAGCCAGUGGCAAGGUGACGUGUGUUGCUGGCUUUACCCAUGUUGAAGGCACUGCUGCCGCAAGAUGUCCAGGAAACUCCUCGACUGGCCAAUGGGUGAAUGUCGGAAGAUGCAAGGCUCUGUGCUCUGCAGCUAGCAUCAUUGAUGGAAGAGUUGAUGGUACAAGAGUUAUGGUGACUGGUUCCACAGCCCAGUUGUACUCUAGAGCUGUGUACAACUGCAACAGUGGUUUCAGACUAUCAAGUGGUGUGAGCAACACAUCCAUCCAAUGUUCUGUUGUUGGUGGCAUUGCUGACUUCCACUCAGCUCCUACUUGUGUGGCUUGCAAGAUCAAUGGUAGUGGUCAAAAGAUCUCCAGUGUGUCCGAUAAUGGCACUGUAACUUGCGACAAUGGAUACUACUACAGUGGAACACGGCCUAUAUGUGAAGAUCUGUCUCCAAACUGGCAGAACCUUGUAUCAUGUCAAGCUUGUGGAGUCCCACCGGGACAGUUUAUUGAUUCGAUAUCAAGCAGUGGGGUGGUAACCUGUGUUAAGGGUUAUGAAGUCGCUCAAGUUAGCUCAGCUGAAACCUGUACCAAUGCAGGUGGUGAAUGGAAAAAUGCACCUACAUGCACAAUCAAAACCUGUCAGAUCAGUGCUCCCGGAAAUGGCAGCACAAAUCCAAUUUCUGUUUCUAUCAAGUUCAAUGAGACGGUUGUGUAUUCGUGUGACAUCGGCUUUCGUCUUGUGGGUGAAGACAAAGGUCUUUGUGAUGCAAGUGAUACUCUGGAUGUUGUACCUCCCAAGUGCCAAGAUAUCGAUGAGUGUUCCACUGGUGUUAAUAUUUGUCAUGCAAUGGCAUCAUGUAGCAACAUCAUUGGGUCAUUUGAAUGUUCGUGCAAAAGUGGCUACUAUGGGAACGGGACAUCUUGCGAAGAAUGUCAGUUCAGCGAGGUAAAUGUUGCUGGUAUUGAGAAGGCAAGUGGUAUGGUAACAUGUGUUGCCGGCUUCACACGUGUUGAAGGCACUGCAACGGCAAUCUGUCCAAAGAAUUAUUCAACUGGCUACUGGUUGAAUGUAGGAAGUUGCCAAGCUCUGUGCUCUGCAGCUAGCAUCAUUGAUGGAAGAGUUGAUGGUACAAGAGUUAUGGUGACUGGUUCCAUAGCCCAGUUGUACUCUAGAGCUGUGUACAUCUGCAACAGUGGUUUCAGACUAUCAAGUGGUGUGAGCAACACAUCCAUUCAGUGUUCUGUUGUUGGUGGUGUUGCUGACUUCCAUUCAGCUCCUACUUGCGAUGCUUGCAAGACAGAUGGUAGUGGUCGAAAGAUCUCUAGUGUGUCUUAUAAUGGCACUGUAACUUGCGACAAUGGAUACUACUACAAUGGAACACAGCCUGUGUGUGAAGAUCUGUCUCCAAAUUGGCAGAACCUUGCAUCUUGUCAAGCCUGUAAAGCUCCGCCAGGACGGUUUAUACAGUCGAUUUCAAGCAAUGGGGCUGUGACUUGUGUUGAUGGUUAUGAAGUUGUUCAAGAUAAUACAGCUGAAACCUGUACAAAUACUGAUGGUGUGUGGAGAAAUGCACCUACAUGUACAAUCAAAACCUGUCUCAUCAAAGCCCCGGGAAAUGGCAGCACAAGUCCAGUUUCUUCUUCUAUCCAGUUCAAUGAGCAAGUUGUGUAUUCAUGCGACAACGGCUUCCGUCUUGUGGGUGAAGACAAAGCUCUUUGUGAUUCAAGUGGUACUCUGAAUGCUGUACCUCCCAAGUGCCAAGAUAUCGAUGAGUGUACGGCUGGCGUUGAUGAUUGUGAUGCAAUGGCAUCAUGUACGAACAUCAUUGGUUCAUUUGAAUGUUCGUGUAAGAGUGGCUAUUAUGGCAACGGGACAUCAUGUGAAGAUAUUGAUGAGUGUACCGCUGGCGUUGAUGAUUGUGAUGCAAUGGCAUCAUGUAGCAACACCAUUGGUUCAUUUGAAUGUUCGUGUAAGAGUGGCUAUUAUGGCAACGGGACAUCAUGUGAAGAAUGCCAGUUCAGUGAAAUGAAUGUUGCUGUUAUUGAGAAGGCGGCUGGCAAGGUAACUUGUGUUGCCGGCUACACACGUGUUGAAGGCACUGCAGCGGCAAGCUGUCCAAGGAAUUCUUCAACUGGCCACUGGAUGAAUGUAGGAAGUUGCCAAGCUCUAUGCUCUGUCGCUAGGAUCAUUGAUGGAAGAGUUUAUGGUACAAGAGUAAUGGUGGCUGGUUCCAUAGCCCAGUUGUACUCUAGAGCUGUGUACAACUGCAACAGUGGUUUCAGACUAUCAAGUGGUGUGAGCAACACAUCCAUUCAGUGUUCUGUUGUUGGUGGUAUUGCUGACUUCCAUUCAGCUCCUACUUGCGAUGAUAUCGAUGAGUGUACCACUGGCGUUGAUGAUUGUGAUGCAAUGGCAUCCUGUAGCAACACCAUUGGUUCAUUUGAAUGUUCGUGUAAGAGUGGCUAUUAUGGCAACGGGACAUCAUGUGAAGAAUGCAAGUUCAUUGACAUGAAUGUUGCUGUUAUUGAGAAGGCGAGUGGCAAGGUAACUUGUGUUGCCGGCUAUACACGUGUUGAAGGCACUACAGUGGCAAGCUGUCCGAGGAAUUCUUCAACUGGCCACUGGAUGAAUGUAGGAAGUUGCCAAGGUAACUUGCAGUUCUUUUAA